GAGAGAGAGAGAUGUCAACCCAAUAGAACAUCCCUGAUAGGCUAUGUAUCUGUGACUACCAUCACCUCAGACAGACAGAGAGAGAGAGAGGUACCAAUCCGGUACCUGUUAGAGCGCUGAUGCCAGUUGAUCAGAUUGUCGGUGGCGGGGCUGGGUUAUCUCCGAGUGUGUGACACACACUACUGGCUUGGCGUGGACCAUUCUACACACUCAAACACGCAGCUGGAGAGGGGCGUAGUGUAUGAAUGUGCGUGCGUGUGUUUGGACGGGGAGUUGGCGCCUGGCAAUGGACACCUACAGACCACACGCCGUGUUGAUUUUACUGUUAUUAUCGUCGGAUAUUUGUCUGCCGUCGCAGUUUCCAACACAACUCAUAAUAAAGGAAUGGGUGGAUCAGAUGCAGAUAGAGCUGGUGACCCUGGCAGACAUGGCCAGCGCCGGGAAGAACCUCACACAGAUCUUUCUGGACAACCAGAACCUGUACACAGUAGAGUCGAAUGAUGCUGAGGAACUAGUGGCUAGGGCAGCCAGGAAUAUAGAACAGCUGCUACUGAAGAGGGCUGCAGCUCUGGAGACUCUGGCCACAUCUGCUGAGAAUUUCCAGAUGGAACACCAGUGGAAGGAUGAAUAUGCGGAUGGUGACAUUGUUUACUACAAUGCAAAGGACAAUUUGGAGGUGAAUGAGACAGAGGGUCGGAAGAACCGGAUCAGGCCAGCCUUUAAGGAAGAUAUGUUGUUUAAACGCCUCACCUCUCACAACCACACUGCUGUACACAUCCCUACUGACAUCUACGAUGGCUCCACCAUCGUGCUGAAUGAGUUGAACUGGACGGAAGCACUGGAGGGUGUGUUUAAGAAGAACAGAGAGGAUGACCCUACUCUGCUCUGGCAGGUGUUUGGUAGUGCUACUGGACUGGCCCGAUACUACCCAGCCUCUCCGUGGAUGGAUGCUCGGAAGACCCCCAGUAAGAUCGACCUGUACGACGUACGCAGGAGACCCUGGUACAUUCAGGGAGCUGCCUCACCCAAGGACAUGCUGAUCCUAGUGGACGCGAGUGGCAGUGUGUCUGGUCUGACUCUGAAGCUGAUCAGGACCUCUGUCGGUGAGAUGCUGGAGACUCUGUCUGAUGAUGACUAUGUCAACGUGGUCUAUUUCAACACCAGGGUGAAUAACACAGCGUGUUUUGACCACCUGGUCCAGGCCAACGUGAGGAAUAAGAAGAUCCUGAAGGAUGCUGUUCAGAACGUCUCUGCUAAAGGCAUCACCAACUACACCAAGGGAUUUGAGUUUGCCUUCGAACAGCUCUAUGCAACUAACAUCACUAGAGCCAACUGUAACAAGAUCAUCAUGCUGUUCACUGAUGGAGGAGAGGAGAGAGCGUCGGCCAUACUGCAGAAAUACAACGCUGACAAGAAGGUGCGUAUCUUCACCUUCUCAGUGGGUCAACACAACUAUGAUAAAGGUCCAGUCCAGUGGAUGGCCUGCGCUAAUAAAGGAUACUUCUAUGAGAUUCCCUCUAUUGGAGCCAUACGCAUCAACACUCAGGAGUACCUGGAUGUCCUGGGCAGACCCAUGGUUCUAGCUGACCAGCUGGCCAAGCAGGUCCAGUGGACUAAUGUCUACCUUGAUGCUCUGGAGCUAGGUCUGGUCAUCACAGGAACCCUACCUGUCUUCAACAAGACCAAGUAUAAAGAUGAAUCGGGUUUAGAGAUUCAGAACCAGUUGAUCCUCGGGGUGAUGGGGAUUGACGUGUCACUAGAUGACAUCAAGAAGCUCACACCACGCUACACUAUUGGACCUAAUGGAUAUUAUUUUGCCAUCGACCCCAAUGGAUAUGUACUGCUACACCCCAACCUCCAACCUAAGAAUCCUAAAUUCCAGGAGCCUGUCACUCUGGACUUCCUCGAUGCUGAACUGGAGAACGACAUCAAAGUCCAGAUCAGGAGAAUGAUGAUAGAUGGGAACCCAGGUGAAGAGACCAUAGAUACUCUAGUUAAAACUCAGGAUGAGAGAUACAUCGACAGAGGAGUAAGGACGUACACCUGGGCUCAGGUCAAUGGAACAGACUACAGCUUGGCCCUGGUCCUGCCUACCUACAGUGAACACUACUUACAGGCCAAACUGGGAGACACCAUCAGACAGGCCAUGGGUUCUAAAGAUGGCUCUCUAUUCUCUUCAGCCAUGGACACUCUGCAGGUGGAGAUGUUUGAUGAGUUGGGAUACACCUUCAUCGCCCCCAGGGAGUACUGCAAAGGCUUGAAAGACAACGACAACAACACCCAGUUCCUCCUGGACUUCAACCAGUUCAUAGACAGGAACACACUGGAAGAACCAUGUAAUGUGACUCUGGUCAGUAGGCUGCUGUUGGACGCUGGGUUGACUGCUGAUCUGGUCAAACUGUGGAAGGAGCAGACAUUGGGUGGGAUUCUGGCCAGGUUUGUAGCCACUGAUGGAGGGAUCACCAGAGUCUAUCCCAGGAGUGCUGGAGAGGAGUGGACAGAGAAUGCUGAGACCUAUGACUCAAGUUUCUACAAGAGGACUCUGGAUAACAACAUCUAUAUAUUCACCGCUCCAUACUUCAACAAGAGCAGGGAAUCAGGCUACGAGUCAGGUAUUCUGGUGAGCAAGGCUGUAGACCUCAACAUAGAUGGAGUCAACCUCAAACCAGCUGUGGUGGGGGUGAAACUGAACGUCUCUGCCUGGAUGAGCAACUUCAUGAACGCCACCAUCAAAGUCAACUGCAAGGAUGAAAUCUGUGGCUGUCUGAAGAAUGAUAAGCACGUUGACUGUGUCAUCCUGGAUGAUGGCGGCUUCCUGCUGAUGUCCAAUCAGGAUGAGUAUAUCACUCAGAUUGGUCAGUUCUUUGGGGAGGUAGACCCAGUCGUGAUGAUCAGUCUGGUCAACACGUCUCUGUACUCCUUCAACAAGACUUACGACUACCAGUCAGUCUGUGAUCCUGAGAGAGACAGCAAGGCUGCUGCAGGGCCACGAUCUGUCUAUGUGCCCACUAUAGCAGACAUGCUGAGUAUAGGUUGGUGGGCCUCCACUGCUGCCUGGUCGAUAAUACAGCAGCUCUUCUAUGGUCUCAUAUUCCCCAGCUUCCUAGAGGCAGCGGACUCAGAUGAUGACAUGUCAGCUAACAUGUUUAAGGAGAGUUGUAUCACAGAGCAGACUCAGUACUUCUUCGACAACGAAGAGAGAUCCUACUCGGGAGUCCUUGACUGUGGAAACUGCUCCAGGAUGUAUCGAGCUGAGAAGCUGCCCCACACUAACCUGGUGUUUCUGAUCACUGAUGCGAAGGCCACCUGUCUGUCUUGUGACCCCAGACCACUAAGACAAGCUGAGCAACCCUCCCAGGGUCCAGACCCCUGUGAGCUGGCUCAGAACCCCAGAUACAGGAAAGGACCUGACGUGUGUUUCGACAACAACAUAGACGAGGAUGAUUCUGACUGUGGGGGCGGGACCUCUCUAAGCCCCACCCUCUGGCCCAUGUUGGGGCUCCAACUACUGCUGCUGUGGCUCCUCACUGGCUUCCGACAUUCAUGACCCCUACACACACACACAAAUACACACACACACACACUCACACACUCACAUCUCACUUAGACAGUGUUUUACAUUGGACUGUUUUCUGACGCUCCAUCCUCUGAACGUAAUCACUGAUGUGUUAACUCACUGCCAGUAUGGAAGAGGAGUCACUCUCCUGUUCUCUAAUCGUUCUCCAAUGCCAAAGGGUGCUCUCUCUCAUCGCUCACUUCUCUUCUCCACCAUGUUUCAAUUGCCUGAGAUAUUCUAUUCUAUUCUAUGGUGCAACAGUAAGAGCUAACCAAACCCUUUAAUUCUGUAGUAUCUAUGUAUUGGUUUGAGUCUGAGGGAGGUUGAGUGGCUGUCCUUUCAUGCCAACAUAUUAUUUUUCACUGACAGCAAAUGAUUUGUGUAUGCCUAGUUGUUUGUAUUAUUGUUGCUUAUGAUAUUUAUUAUAUGUAGAAAAAGAUCAUUAUGAAGACAACGAACGCUGUAACUGAAAUGGACAGCAAAGUUCUCAAUAAUCCAACUGUUCCAGGUCAACCAGCAGUGAGUAAAUAGACUAGAGUAGGGUUCACUCAACAGAGAGCUGAAGAACACUAACUAUGACACCAAAUAAAGCUCCUUAGAGUAACGGGGAUAGUUGGCCCAUGAAAGAGACUCUGAUAACAUGUAGGGUCAAAUCAUACUUUAAUAUCGUUAUGGCCAUGGUACCAAUCUAUGACCUGAGCCAAAUACUUUCUAAAUACUUUUGGUGUGCUUCAUUUAGCUUCACUUGCUGAGUGAGCAUGGUUGUACUUUUGGGGCUAUUCCAUUGGUUCCAUUGCACCGGGAAAGCGAAAUCUAGUGCAAAUCAAGUGAUACAUUAUCUAUUUGACCCAGGACUUUAUAGAUACAUAUACAGUAUAGCUUCAUUUGAUGCAUCAGAUUCCUAGUGCCUAUGUAGCGUCAACAUCCCAUUCAUAUAUCCAGAGUUAAUCUUUGAUGGGGAGUCAUUGGAAUGAUGUCCCAAUGUGUCCCAGUUGCACGCCGUACAGUAUGCUAUGUGUAGUAGUAGAGCAGGAGCAGUAGCUCAGAGGUAUGUUUCUUAUGUUCCAUAACUAGCUGGUAUCUACCUAGCCUGGGGGUCAGUCUCAUUCACCUUCAGACUGCCAGACACACUUGAACCCACCUCUGUAGAACAAUGUGCUCCUGAAGUUAGUUUACUCUGGAUCCCCAGACUCAGGAUUUCAGCAAAGUGAAAGACAGAAAAGCUUUCCAAGAGACUACAGGAGUUUGUAUCACAUGCCCUGGUGAGCAGACAACUGGAGAAUGAUAUCAGCAUAUACAGUAUAAAGACUGUUUCUUUUCCGUCUUCUUCUACUGCUUGUUUCUUCUUCGUGUUGCUCUCUAAGUGCUGUCAACGAAACGCUGAAAGCUCGGUGUCAGAAUGCUGCAAUGUGACGGAAUGAGUCUGUUCGAUGUUGGACGCUCCUCAAACCAUGGAUUAGUCACUGUUUGGCCAUGAUGGAGAGGACCAAGGUACAGGCACUGUUACCACAGACCUGAACCACAGACAGUUUCAUGUCUUACCCCACUCUUAUCCCAACCUUACCAAUAGUUAAGUUCACUGUAAACUACACAUUACAAAAAAGCAGCACUGUAACCCUACCCCAAAAUGAAGAACUAACAGCUCAUGUUAUGUCGUUUUUACAUCAGGGCCUAUCGCUGCCAGUGUUGUCCUUUCUGCCAUGGCCAUCGUGUGACUAACUGGUUUGGCGUUCAGGAUCAUGCCUGUUUAUCGGAGUCGCGUGUUGACGUGUGUACAACACCAAGGACAUUAUGUAGCCCUGGUACAGGCAUGUCCCUGGGGUAAUCCUUGAUUGUGCUUUAAUACAUGACUUACUCUUUUGUGGAACUUGACUAGCCUGAUUAAAUUUUGUAUACAUUUGUACAAUAAUGAUAUUUACUGUAAAAAAAAAAAAGAAACUGAAAAAAGGAGAUAUAAUGUUUAUAUAACAUGGUGGUGAUUCUUGUGCAAAUAUGAUGUAUUCACAAUAAACGUAUAGUAUUGUUAUGGUC